CCCCUAGCGCAGCCCCUAGCGCGCCUGCGCGGCCAUGGCGGCGGCCUGUGCCGGGAUGGAGCCGGCGGCGGCGGCGCCCCCUCCGUGCCCCGCGCCGGGCUCGGCCGGGCUGGUGUGCGCGCAGGGUCGGAACCUGAAGGCGGUGCUGUGCCAGCGCUGCGGCUCGCGGGUGCUGCUGCCCGGCGCCGCCACCUUCGCCCACCGCGAGCUCCUCCUGCCCGCCAUGAGGAAGAAGGCGGCGGCGGCGGCGAGCGGCGGCGGGGACGUGGUGCGGGAGCACUGGCUGGUACGCGACAUGUUCUCCUUCGAGAACGUGGGCUUCACCCGCGACGUGGGCAACGUCAAGUUCCUGGUGUGCGCCGACUGCGAGGCGGGGCCCAUCGGCUGGCACUGCCUGGACGACAAGGACAGCUUCUACGUGGCGCUGGAGCGCGUGGCCCACGAGUGACCCGGGCUGGGGCUGGGGCAGCGCUGCCGGGAGCCCCACGGCCCCGCCGCCCCUCGGCCCCGGCCACCGGCGGCCUGGCUGCCCCGUGGCUUGACCGACCUACGGCCUGGUGGCCCAGCUGGGCCCGCGGUGGCCGAGACCCACGGAGUGACCGGCACCGCCAGCCCCUGGCCACGGCGGCGCGGAUGGACGCUGCAGCUGGGGGGUCCCCGUGGCUGCCGGGACAGUUCGGCCACAGGCUCCGUGCACCGCUGCCGGCGGCCUGCCGCGUGUGCUGGCUGCCCGCACACGUGCUGGCAUCUCCUGCAGGCGGAGCUGACACGGCGAGGGCACGGCUGCUGCACGGAACCACUGCGGCAGCUUAAAUUGUCUGAACUAUGGCCAAAGUGGCUACAGGGCUCUAGGCUGUAUCUGGUUUUGAUUUUCAGAAGAAAUGUUCCCUGCCCCAAACCAUUUAGGUUCUCCAGGACCUCAUCCUACCUGACGACUGUACUCUGUGAGGGUAUAUGGCACCCAAAGCGUACGUAAGGCAUUUUAACUAACAUUGUAUGUAGUUUUAUUAACUGAGUACUUGGAAAUAAGAUACAGGUAGAGUCUGCAGACAACAUAGGCUGAUAGAGUGGCAAAUAAAGUAAAUGUGCAAGAUCAUAGUAUUUCCAGGCAGCAAGAAUGAAGAGAUUCCAACCUGAAAAGGGUUUGAAUCAUUGGACAAGCAGUGCCCAGUGGCGGCGUGUCUCAGUGCUGAAGAACAUCAGGACAGGCGUGUGUGAAUGAAACAGAGGAGUCGGGAAGGAGUCUCUUCUCAGUAAGAGGUGGUAGGAGCAGUGCACGUUGUGUCCAGUUUUUGUCUCUGCCUUUUUUAAAAGAUGGGGACAACUCUCACUGAAAACGAAGGGAGACUGCAGCAGCCAUGGUUCUCACUGUAUUUAUCUUUUGGCAAUUGUGUUUUCCAGUUUGCACUCUCCAUUUGCAAACUCCCGUGUGAAUAAUACAGCGGCUUUACAGAUAUCACCUUGGGUCACAGAGGACGUGCCUCACUGCAGGCGGCGUAUCGGUUCACUGGGCUAAUAAAACACUUCUGGUACUAAUGCAGCUGUAAAGGCACAACUGUCGUGGCGCUGGGAUGAUGAAGUUGUAUUUGCCAUGACAAUCAAGAUCGGUUGUACUUAACAAUUAGCAGUGUUGCUGUCACAAGGCUGGGGGAGAGACCUUUUCUUUGCUCCUCUGCUAAAACAGUUUUACUGGCAGGAGUCUGUAAGGCAAGUGCAGCCUCAAGUAGAUUUUCCAGACAGGCAUCCUGACAGCGGCUGAGAAAGAAACAAAUCCUUUCCAUUUCUUGAGCACCUGCACUUUUAAGAUUUGAAGGCUCUGCCUUAGCAUAGAAAUAGAACAACCAAGAUGUUGGCUGCUCUGGGGCUGAUGUAUCAGAAACCUCUGCUGUGGGCAGAUGAAGAUUUAUUUAUGGGAUGGAAAGAGGCAUAACUCCCUAGUCUGGUGAUUAAGGCUCUUGCCUGGUGGGAGGUGAGUCCUGUGCUAUGUCCUUGCUAAAUGUGUCAGGUGCACAUUUGACAUGAAAACUGCUGCUUUCCUCCUGCCCUUCUUGUCUUUUAGCCCUAAGCCCAGUAACGGAACAAGUUCAUCAAAGAAGUGUAUGGAGAAGGGCAGGAGAGCUUUGCUGGGUUCUGCACAGGCAACACAAAAUAGUGGGAUCAUGUCACUUUAAUUUCACACUUUCACUUAAAUUGUCUAUUAGAGAAUGUGUUUUGACCUGUAAUACUUAGAUUAUAGUCCGUGUUACUAAAAUAAAAAUGUGCUGCACAGUAGAUUCAUUUUGAAGACACCACUGUGCAGAACAUGCUUGUGGAUAUCAGCUUGAUUAACACUGAGUAAAUGACGCUUCUCAAAAAAA